AUGAGUGGAUUUAAGGGUGAGAUAGUGUAUGUGGAUAACACGUUGUUUAUGGGAGUGAAUGGACGAUGGCGUGCAUGGCGAGUGGAUCAUGAGGGUAGACAGAGGCAAUGCGGCAUAAUACCGUCUGAAUGGCGAGUACAGGAGGAAGAGGCAUCCAGACAGCGUCGAUCCAAAGGGCGAAUCUCUGAUAUGAAACCGCUGAAACACCUCUAUGAACGGGUUGAACGAGUACCGUCAUCGCAAAGAAGACCUCUCGUUCUGGUGUCAGCCUAUUUGGCACCUUUCAUGCAAGCACUCAUCGAUGAACACGGCGAUAAGUGA